CAUGAAUAAAAUUUUCCAUCCCAACAUUGACGAAGCGUCAGGAACUGUAUGUCUAGAUGUAAUCAAUCAAACUUGGACAGCUCUCUACGAUCUCACCAAUAUAUUUGAAUCGUUCCUGCCCCAGCUGCUGGCUUAUCCUAACCCUAUAGAUCCUCUAAAUGGUGACGCUGCAGCCAUGUACCUCCACCGACCAGAAGAGUAUAAACAGAAAAUUAAAGAAUACAUUCAGAAAUAUGCAACAGAAGAAGCACUAAAAGAACAGGAAGAAGGCACCGGGGACAGCUCAUCUGAGAGCUCCAUGUCCGACUUCUCGGAAGAUGAGGCUCAGGAUAUGGAGUUGUAGUAGAAGAGGCAACCUGCUUUUCAGAGAGACUCUAAUUUCCUAACCAUGAGAAGCAGACUAUAAUAUUCAUAUUUAAACAAAGCAAUUUUUUUUAUUACUAAACAGGUUUUUAUGAAUAAUAGCAUUGAUAUAUAUAUAUCACCCUUUAGAUCUUGAUUUUCUUGGUCAUUUCUCGAACCCGAGGUGCAUAGCAUAUUCCCACAUUCCAUUUUGGUAGCAAUAUGCAGCCCGAAUGCAUGCAUUCAGAUUCCAUUUGGCCAAGUCAACUUGUGUGCUACUGAACUGUCAGCUAAAACAGCUGCCCUGGUAGAUAGGGAGUUAGCAAAAAGAUGUUUGCUUUCUUAUUGAUGUUUCCAAAGACACCACCAUGGAUGCUAACGUGGAACAGCGUUUUCUCAAAGUAUAAUAUCUGGGGGAUGAUAUACUAACCGUGUAGAUCAGACAGUGGAAUAAAAGGUGCUCCUUCAGGUCAACCUUGCUGAUCGUAUUUACGUGGAGUCACAUUAAAAAAAAAUAAAUAAAAUAAAAACAAACGAUUCAAAUGCAUGGAGCUAUUCACAGCAUUGAAGCUUAAAAAUUUUGACUUGGAUUUUAAGUCCGUUUUUAUAUAUGGACUCCUGCCUGCCCUUCUGAACUGUAGGGACUGACAACCACUGGUCUAUUUGCUUUUGGGACUUUUGAAAGCCUUCAUCUGGAUGUUAUUCACUUUCUUGGUCUGGAUUACGAGCUGUUCCCUUUUCGGGAGGA